CUCCGAAAGAUUCUGUUUCUCGCGUUUGACAACGCGCGUCGCUGCUAUUCAUAUUUGACAUGUAUAAGCAAGACUACAUAAUAUACCGCGUUUUUUUUCGGUUGUAAAAAUGUGUGUUGUUUACGAGGGUUGCUGACUUUUUUCGCGGAGGGAUCCGUACGCAUCCGCUGGCUCUGGCGUGGAGCGUGAUUUGAAUCGCUCUCUGCUCCUUUUUUUGUCGUUUGUAUUUUUAUAGGAACAUGUAUUGAGAUAUUAGUGGCCUUUUUUUUAAUGACAUAAUAGUCUAUAUGUGUUUUAUAUAUAUUUUAACAGCAGAUAUCCUUAUCAUUUUCCUUAGAUUAACAAGAUGGCUACCGUGGAGAUGAACACUGCUAGCACCGAGGGAGAUCAGGAGGAGAAAAUAUUGUCCCCCUCAGAAGAGGACUCCCCUCCUGUUUUAAAUGAUACCUUGCCCCCCCUGAAUUUCUCCGAGCUCACACCUCAUCAGUUUGGCAUCUCUGUCCAAAGUUUUACCCCAGCAUCAUUAUCAAACCGCAAAGAUAAGUCUCGUCUAGCACAAAUAAAGGCAAGGCGGAGGUCCAGCAUAGGUGUCCGGGGCUCCCCAGAGACAAACUCCCUCAUCCGCUUCAUAGCACAACAGAGGAUGAAGACUCCAAAAACCUUCCAAACUCCAGAGCUUGUCAGAAGUAGCCCCUUCCUUCCCCGGGUCGCCUCCACACUGAGGCAGAAGAUGGCCUCCUUCCAGAAUCUGAUGGAUGUGGAAGAGAGUGAGGUCUGUGAUCCGAUGCCAAGGCAGGACAGCAACACUGGAGGAUGCAUCAAGACAAGAGAUUAUCUGUCUGAUGGGAACAGCCAUGAUGGAGGGAAGGAGAACCACCCACCAAUGAUGACGCCCAUACCCAGCAAGAGGAGGCGCCUGGGCCCCCUAGAAGGCUGCGAGGUGGAGAUUAGAGAGGCCAGCGCUCCUAUCCUCCACUUCAGUUUGAAGGAGCAGGAGGAGGACGAAGAACCAGUGACGCAGGUUGUGACACAAGGACCACUGCCAUCCAGUGAGACUGUGGAAGAGGCCCAAGCUGUGCUCAUAUCCCCACCACUUCAUGUUGACUUUGAGCUCCAAGCCAGUUCCCCUACUGAGAACCAACAGGACGGUGUCUUUGAACACCAAAGCCCCAGCCGACCACCACCUGAUGAUUCCGCAGCCGCUUCACCAGCCCAUCCUGCCUCCUCCUUCCACAUUUCCUCUUUUGCUUCUCUGCUGGAGAUGAAGCACACAGGAGAGGAUGACAUAGUUAAGAAGAAGAAAAAGAGGGUGCGCUUUGGAGGUCCACUCUCUCCUGAGUUCUUUGAUAAGAACCUGCCCCCCAGCACCCCGUUACAGAAGGGUGGCACGCCGGCCCGAGCACCCACCCCAGGUGGGAGCUUACAGCUGCGUUCACUGCUGAAGACACCACAGAGGAGUGAAUCCCAGACACCACAAGCUCAGCCAGACCUCAGCAGCCCCACUGUGUUUGGUGCCUCACCUACACUUGCAAUGCCUCGCAGCCACAGAACCCAGUCAGUGGGAGAGGACAGUGAAGAGACGGAUGGAAAGAUUGUUUUCCCUUCAAUGGAGGAGAUUGACUCUGCAGUGACAAGUGAUACAGAAUGUAUGUGGGACACUCAGCCGUUGAAUUUAAACUCUGCUUUCCAUGAGGAGUCUCUUUCUCAGAUUCUGAUAGAGUCUGAGACUAAACCCAGCACAACCUCCAAGAUGGAUGCCCUGGAUGAGCUUACAUCCUUGCAGGAGGAGGAGAAGCAACUUGAAGCAGGUGUUGAAGCUCCAGCCCAAUCUAGAAACCGAAGGAAAAAGCAGCCAGGACCAGAGUGUGAAUCUACCAUUGAGGCUCCAGCUCGCUCUAGCAGUCGAAAGAGAAAGCAGCCAGAGGAGAGCGAACCUGUGAAGAGGUCGACACGCUCUGCUGCCAAGUUGGCCUCUGGGAAGAUGAAGAUGACCUCCACAGCAACACGUCGGUGGAGCAGGGACGUGGACCGCUCCCUGUACGGCUCUCGGGCAUACGCCUCCAAGAACCCCAACCUGAGUCCCAUCACUGAGAGGUUGUCCUUCAUCAGCCAGUCUCCAGCAAUGCAGCACACUCCCUCUAUGGGCUGCACAGCCCCAAAUCAUGAGACCAACUUGAACCCUGAGAUGACUGACACUCAAGUGACAGGUGACCUCACUGUGACAAAAGACUUGGACGAUCCUUCAGAAGAUUCCGUCACAUCUCCCAACUCCAGUAAAGAAAGCACCACAGGGAGGCUGUCAGGUCCGAGGAUCAGAGGGAGAGGACUGAAGAAAAGGAAAGUCAGUGUUGCUGAUGGUAUCCUGCUCAUUGAGGAGACUCGGGACCCAACUGGAAGAAAGACAGAGGAGCACUGUGAGGACCAAACCACUACAAACCUUGCGGCAUCAAGGGAAACCCCACUGACCCACACGGUACCUGAACAGGGAGGAGCUGACACUGAACCUAAUGCCCAGACUUCUGCAGAUGCGCACUGCACAGACUCAGAUGGAAAAUUAGAAUGUCAUGGCAGUCUGGAUGCAUCCACCUCAGACUGCCCGGCUUCAGGUGAGGAAUCCAACAACACUUUGAGUCUGCCAUUAGAGCCAGUACAGAGAAAAACCAAGCGGGGCAGGAGGAGCUCUGUAAACAGCUCAGUCCUACAGGAGCAGGGGACCCAGGCAGAGGAGCACCAAACGAGCCAUGAAGUGGAGAAGGAACAGGGACACCAAGCAGCUAGCAAGCAGGAAAACAUCAGCUCAAGCUCUGAUAGACAGGAAGAGAGGGAAGUAGCCCCGUUGGACCUCGCCCCCUGGCAGGCUGACUUUAAUUUUGAGGAUGUAUUUAAACCUGUUGCCACUAGAGGGCAGCGCUCAGUACGCCGCAGCCUGAGGAACCAGAGCAACGCAGAGCACAGCAGCAACAGUGCAGGUCUCGCCUGGCUGCCUCGGACCUCCCCUGACUCCAGUAAAGGGGCCCGCAGGAGGACCCGGGGCCGACGGCUCAGUGCUGCUCCACCUCCCCAACCCUCACUCCCUGAGGAGACACGAGACAACGCUACAUGAGACUUUAAAAUGACUACAUGGGACAUUGUCUGCUUAUUGAAUGAACUGAGAUUAAAGGGGGAUAACUAAUAAAUUCAUUACACCUUCAUACAUACCUAUCCCGUUUUCUUAAAAUUAAAUGGAAUGAUUUUCCAAACAACGGGUUAAUUGUUUUUAUUUUAGUUUAAAACAUGCUGUUGUUCCUUGUGAAUUAUUAGAGCUGACCAGUAAUUUGUAGCCAGUUUCCCUCCGCUAACCAAGCCAGUCAAUACGCUGAGAGCCCACAGCCCAAUCAUCUCCACUGACCACCUCCUAAUCAAUAUCCAACCACUCAGCUGGUAAUCACAGUGCAUCUUCAGUCAUACUCUCCAAAGUCACUGGAUCGAGCAUUUCCAAGUCAAUAUCUACUCUUUGUGGAUAGAUGAAUAUGGCUGAACUGCAUUCACCAUCUGUCAGCAAGGCUGGAAUAAUGGAAUAGUAAUGGAGGGAGAAAAUGUGCCUUACACACAGAAAUUAUAUUAAUAGGCUCGUACAAAUCUGUUUUGUGAUUGCUGGAAUGGUUUUGUUUGGAUUUUUUUAUUUUUUUUCUCAGUGAUCUGAACUGUUGACAUACAGGAAAAUGUCCAGAAGAGGUCCCCGUCUCAUGCAUUAUCUGAGCUUUUUAAUGGAUGGUUUUAAUGUACUGUCAAUAAUUAAUAGUAAGAACCAGUCACAUUGAAAUUGUCUUAUUGUCAAAUUUUAAAAUAAGUUAGUGUGUUCUCAGUGAGUUUCCUGAAAUGUCAAACGUUAUUUCCUAGACUCCGAUUCAGAUUAAAUGCUUUGCAAAGCCAUAUCAUUAGAUCAAAUUGUGUUCAUUUAAACAGAUGAUUUAGACUAAUCUGAAAGGAAUUCAUCCAGAUAAAAAAAACGCCACUAUCUCCAUAAAUGUGAUGUUCCAGCUGUGUGGUGAGCUCAGUUCAAGUACAGCAGCUUUCCUUUCGCAUAAACCAGGACCUUUUGCCAUAUCUGAGUGCAUUGCUACAUAAAUUACCAUUCUGAUCUACAUUUUGAACACAGCAAAAUGUCUAGUGGUAAAUUGACCUCUAACCUCAGAUUCCACCAGUCACAGAUUCAAAUCAGCUCCUCUUUACUGGCUCCAUCCAUCUGUCAGAGAGGAAUGGAGAGCGCAGUAACAAAUUGAGUUUCAAAUUCAGUUCACAUAGGAAAGUUGGCUCCUAGAAUGAUGCAUGACUGUAAUCUAUCCAUCACUGGGUAAUUGACUCCCUCCUUUUACAUCAAGUCAGAGUCACUUGGCUGAAGGACACCAGAGGUUUCUGGCUCUGAGCGUCUGCCAAGGUCUCUUCUGUAUUCCCACUGGAAGACAAAUGGACAGAAUAGUAUGGCCACUAAUAUAGUUCUGGGUUGACGCAGCGGGGCUCCUGUGCCAUCUGGUGGUGGACCUGAGGAGUUGCAGUCGCCAGUUAUUCACCUGUCAACUUGAUCAAUUAUAAGGAGAUGAAAGAAGUCACGAGAACUGAUGUUAUCGUCAGGAGAGGAAAUAGAUGCACAUUAAUUUGUGUCAAAGGAGUUUUUGUUGGGUGCUACUGCUGAACAAGAAUUGCUUUAGGCUUGUGUGUGUUUCUUUUCUGUUUUUCAUGGCAUCAUGUGCCCAUGUUAUGACUGUGAUCUUUUUCCCCUGUCUGAUUUUAAAACUUCUAACUUAGUGAA